AUGCAACAUUAAUUUAGCUUCCACUUUAACCAAACAAACGAGACCGGGGGAUUAAGGAGUCGAAACAUCCCUCUAGCGGCCAGCAGCUCCAGCGGUUGGGUGUAGCUCCACGGAGAAGAAGAGGCUGUGCUCGGAUUAGGGGGUUGGGCUGCCUUUGCUUGACGGAAAACCCGCUGCCAGACAUCCAGCUUGUCCUCGGCGGCGCAGUGUUGCUUUCCCGCAGCAUCAGCAGCAGCGACACCGCAGCGCGGCUUCACCUGCUCCCCAGAGCUCCAUCCCCUGGUCCGCACUCAGCGCUGCCGCAGACCAGAGCAGGCGGACGGACAAGGACGAACAGCUGGAAGAGCAGCUCUUGAGGGAAAUAAAGGGAUACAGCAAAGCUGACGAUGGUGAAACUGGGGAGUAAUCUUCAGGACAAAGGGGCCAAAGCUGUGAGUGUUGAGGACGGCUUUCAGAAUGUGCCCCUCAUCACUCCUCUGGAUGUUGGCAGCCUCCAGAGCCAAGCACCUGACAAGGUGGUGGUGAAAACUCGGACAGAGUACCAGACAGAGAAGAAACGGCUGAAGGUUCCCAAGGUGGAGGAGUUUACUAUCAGCUUCACCGAUGGGGUUUCAGAGAGACUCAAGGUGACCAUUCUGAUCAUCCUGGCCUUGGCCUUCCUCGCCUGCAUCGUGUUCCUGGUGGUUUAUAAAGCUUUCACUUACGACCACGCCUGCCCAGAUGGAUUCAUUUAUAAGCAUAAGCGGUGCAUCCCUGCAUCACUUGAGGCCUACUAUGCUGCUCAAGACGCCAACUCACGGGGUCGUUUCUACACAGUGAUCAGCCACUACAGCAUGGCCAAGCAGACCACCUCGCACUCUGUCUCCCCCUGGCUGCCCGGAGGGGCAGCAGGCCACGAAGCUAAACCUCCGAGUGGCGAGGGCCACUGAGUUCGCUGAACCAGUGGUUGCCAGAUGUGAACAGAAUCACAUGAACAUAAACUUAAUAAAAAUGAAAUAAAAAUGAAGGUAGAUUAGUAUGCAGAGACACAGACAAGUUGGUAAAUAUUUAGAACCGUAGACAAAAGAAACAACAAAUAUAGAGUAAAAUCCUGCAUGCAGACAUUGAUUCAGCGUAGAUUUUAGGUCAUUUUUGGUCAUUGCAGCAGCAGUGCUUGAACACAAGCUAACAGAACUUCUCUUUGUUCUUGAAGGUAUUUCCUUUCUUGUCUAAACGGAGUGCUGGGGAGUUCAGUUCCCUCUAAGUUAAGCUCUGUGGACAUGCAGGGACAUGAACACGCGCUAAGACAUAACCUGAACAUGAUGUCUGCCCACCUGUAUGCUCACUUUCAUUAGGAAUUAACUUUGAGAUCCAGUUAAAGUUCAUACAUGCACAUGCUGCCCACUCAUUGCUCUUUUUACUCUUUCCUCUAAUUUAUUACUCUGUUUCAUUUUUACUCUAAUUUAUAAAUGUUUUGUAAGUGAUUUCCAUACUUUGUAUAAAGCCACCAGUUACAGCAACAUGUCAUGUUCCUUUAGUGUA